GAACGUUCUGGCCACUGUUCUUUCAGCCCCCAUCGCCUUUCAAAUGCAAGCUAAAAUUACGGUCAGCCAUGGCCUGCGAGAAUGUGCACAACUAAAUGCAGAGCAUCUGUGAUUCCUUCCUUCAAACCGGACGGACGAUACUGACAAAAAGCAGUCAUGGAUCACACUUUUGGAGCCGAGCUUGCGCGUGCCCUUGGGGUCAAGGUUAUCAUUCCAGCCUGCGGAGAUAUCACGUUAAUGGAAAAGGGAAUAGAAGUCCUUCCACACUAUAGAAAUUCGGGCUCAGAUACGGAAAGCGAGACGGAAGAUCUGUACCUCCCAGGAGCAAAUCCUUUUGUGGGAAUGGUGUAUAGGCCACUAAAGGCUGAAGAAUUCCGGCUGCUUGUCCUCAAUCCAGGCUUUUCCGAUGAGCCCAUAGAAUGCUUUCUUGAGCAUUAUCCGGUUAACGGAUCCAAGCCGUUCAAAGCUCUCUCCUACGUAUGGGGUACAGCUAUGCACAAUGAACCGAUUCGUGUUGAUGGCUUCGAAUUCAGCGUGACCGAGAAUCUUUAUGCAUUUUUAAAGGAGUUCCGAAAGGAGUACGAUGCAGAGAUCCUUUGGAUUGAUGCAAUUUGCAUAGAUCAACAAAACAUCCCGGAGCGCAAUGCUCAAAUCAGACAGAUGAAGAGAGUCUAUGAAGGUGCAGACUCUGUUGUAAUCUGGCUUGGCAACGAAGUUUCGACUACAAAGGAGGCUUUUGAGCACUUGAGCCACAUAUACGAUUCAUUCUGGCUACAAACAGUCGUUAAGCACAACAGGCCCGGAGCUCAACUGUCCGCCAUUACUUCAGAGCAGGUUUCUCUACUUUUUGCUGGCCCGUCUGGAUCGGCCCGUGCCUGGGACGGAAUCGAGGAUAUAUUCAAGCGGCCGUGGUGGUCUCGCAUCUGGGUGUACCAGGAAGCUACAGCACCAGCCAAAAAUGGCAGCGUUGUAAUAUGUGGGCGUCACACCAUCGAAUUUACGAAGAUAUUGACUGUUAACAAGAUUGUUCGCAAUAUGAUCUCCCGCUUUGAAGGUCUUGACCGCUUGGAACAAUGCAACAGUCUGAAUGCAGUUUACAUGCACAUAUACUCUGAGCUUCGACGCGCCUACCAUGAAACUGGGACAACUUUGUACCUUAGACUUGAAGAUCUGAUUUCGGUGCUUCGUGGAUUCGAUGCUACCAAUCCGAGGGACAAACUCUACGCUCUUAUACCAACUUCUGUCGAUGGCGAUGAACUUAUAGACGUGAACUACGAGCUUCCCGUUGAUGAGGUUUACACUAACGCGGCUCUCUCGAUCAUUCAGAAGCACCAUAGUCUUGAUAUACUUGGGCAUUGCACGAUGUCGGAGACAGGAUCUUUGGAGAAUCUGCCGUCCUGGGUUCCAAACUGGACAUCCAAAUCCGGCCCGAUACCAUUCUUCAAACGGAGUCUCGUAAGUCAAAAGACGAGCGAAGAAGCAGCCUCAGGUCGCGACGUGAUCGGCAAGCUGUUCAACGCUUCGGGCGAUACUCGGGCUCAGACUUCUAUUGACAGAUAUUCAAACAUAUUAUCGGUCGAAGGGUUCAUCUUCGACAAAGUCGAACUCGUCUCUCCAUCUACAGGAAAUUCACACGACAGUUCCGCGAUUGCCGUAGAUUGGAUCGAAUGGUUGGACACUUUGUCUUGUACUCCAGAUGCUCAUCAGGCACUGCGAAAAGCGCUCCCACGAGUGCUGGUCGCAGAUACGUACAGGUUUAGCGUCGAUGUAGGCAUGCGAGGAUGCAUCCAGCCGUCGCUUGCUGGCAAAGUUGGAAAUGAGAGCCUUUUGAAGAUUAAUGCAAUAGAACCAGAUGACAUCCACGAAAGCGUCACCGGUCCACAUCCAGCAAGCUUCCGUCGCAAACUGAUCGUGACGGAGCAGGGCUAUUUAGGUCUCACUGCAGAACAGGUCGAAAAGAAUGAUGUCGUUGCCAUCUGUUGUGGUGGGCAGCUUCCAUUGGUUCUGCGUGCAACUUCGAACCAUUACACGCUGAUUGGAGAGGCGUAUAUCCACGGCAUCAUGGACGGAGAAGCUAUGACGCGAUACAAGAUGAAUGGAAAUGCGUCAUUUCAGAUUAUCAAAAUUAGGUAAACCGCGACAAAAAUUGCCCCGCAUGUUCCUGAUGUACGUUAAACC